UCUUCUUCUUCCAAUAUAAACAAAAGUACGUGCUCCAGUUUGACAGUAACGGUACUGAUACCGUAAUUUUGCCAUUGAAUGGACAACCAACCAUUCUGCAUCGCGUUAUUUUAGUGGUUGCAUGGCACCACUGUCCCUCACCACAUAAACACACUAUACGAUCAUGUAAUCAGUAGAGGGUGGAGAUAUGCCACUGUAGAGGUGCGCUUCACAGCGGAGGAGGAAGCAAUAAAGCACUCCACAGAGGCAAUAUGGACAGAGGUAUGGGUGCUCUUGCCUUCGUACUGCGGUAAACGUGUGGCCAAGGUGCGAGUGAGUAAGGUGCCAGCCGAACUGAAACUUUAAACUCAUAAACGCACUAUACGAUCCUGUAAUCAGUAUAGGGAGGAGAUACCGGAAGUUGUGGUGGACUAGUAUCGAAGGAUCGCCCACAAAACUAAUUCCUUCAUCUCCGACAAGGCCAUAGCACCACCAUCACCAUUAAAUCACUUGUUCACAAUUAUGAAAACUCGUUUAUCAUAGCCAGAUGAUAACCAUGGUAGCUUUGUUUAUUUACAUCAAAAUAUUACAUUUUUUUGCUUUUAUUUACUAGAGAGUGGCGACUGUAGUCUUGUCCCUUGGCACUCUUUACUUCCGCUUCCGUUGCAAGCAUUGUAGAUGGCGAGAACAAAACGUGUUUUGUAUCUUUUGAGGGAAAUUUGGUGAAAUCAAAUCUAUUUUCACACUAAUUAUUGAUUUGUAUUAUAUUAUAACAGAACAUCAGACAACGUUGACAUAACAGAAGAAACAUCCUCCAUGUCUAGCAUUUUUUAAAAACUAAACGAAAUUAUUACCUGAAACAGAUGUAUCACAUUGUUUCUACAAAUAUGUGGAAGAAUUCCUAUGAAACAUUUAUGAACCAAAUUAGUCAUGUGCGCUGACAUAAUAUUAUUAGCCAAAUUUGUGAACAUCCCUGACUGGUGUGUGAAGAGGAGGAGAUUGUGUGCUAAUUAAAGUUGGAUAAAUUUAUGAAAGUGCUGCAAAAGGUUAACACUAGACAGAAAGAUUUGUAAGACUUAAAGUAUAAAAAGAAAAGCAAGAAAAAUAUAUAUUCUUGGAUUUGAGAGGAAAAAUCAUGGAAGAGAGUGAGAUGAUUGUAGAAUUGAUUUCCUCUGAACACGUAAUAAACAAGAUGAAAUCAUAUGACUGUGAUAUCUGUACAAAGUCCUGCCUUGAAGAAAGUGACCUACUUAAGCACAAACGUAUUCAUACAGGAGAGAAGCCUUAUCACUGUGAUGUCUGUGGUAAAUCAUUCUCUCAUAAUAGUGCCUUAACUACACACAAACGUAUUCAUACAGGAGAGAAGCCAUAUCACUGUGAUGUCUGUGGUAAAUCCUUUUCUCAAAGUAUUCACCUAACUGGACACAAACGUAUUCAUGCAGGAGAGAAACCAUAUCACUGUGAUGUUUGUGGUAAAUCCUUCUCUCAAAAUAUUCACUUAACUGGACACAAACGUAUUCAUACAGGAGAGAGACCAUAUCAGUGUGAUAUCUGUGGUAAAUCAUUCUCUCAAAGUGGUCACUUAUCUACACACAUACGUAUUCAUACGGGAGAGAAGCCAUAUCAGUGUGAUAUCUGUGGUAAAUCAUUCUCUGAAAAUACUGCCUUAACAAAACACAAUCGCUUUCAUACAGGAGAAAAGCCAUAUCAGUGUGAUAUCUGUGGUAUAUCAUACCCCCAUAAUAGUGCCUUAAUUAUACACAUGCGUGUUCAUACAGGAGAGAGACCAUAUCACUGUGAUAUCUGUGGUAAAUCAUUCUCUUCAAAAAGUGUCUUAACUAAACACAAACGUACUCAUACAGGAGAGAAACCACAUCACUUUGAUAUUUGUGGUAAACCAUACACAGCAAAUAUUGGGAGAACUAGACUCAAACAUAUUCAUUCAGGAGAGGAACCAAAUGACUGUGAUAUCUGUGAUAAAUCAUUCACUAACCGUAGUAGUGUUACUGCACAUAAACGUACUCAUACAGGAGAGAAGCCAUAUUAUUGUGAUACUUGUGGUAGAUCUUUCUCUGAAAAUACUGCCUUAACAAAACACAAACGUAUUCAUACAGGAGAGAAGCCAUAUCAGUGUGAUAUCUGUGGUAUAUCAUUCUCUCAGAAUAGUGUCUUAACUAAACACAAACGUGUUCAUACAGGAGAGAAGCCAUAUCGCUGUGAUGUCUGUGGUAAAUCAUUCUCUCAUAAUAGUAUCUUGACUACACACCAAUGUAUUCAUACAGGAGAGAAGCCAUAUCAGUGUGAUGUCUGUGGUAAAUCAUUCUCUCAAAGUAUUCACUUAACUGAACACAUACGUAUUCAUACAGGAGAGAAACCAUAUCACUGUCAUAUCUGUGGUAAAUCAUUCUCUCAUAAUAGUAACUUAGCAAAGCACAAACGUAUUCACACAGGGGAGAAACCAUUUCCCUGUGAUAUCUGUGGUAAAUCAUUUUCUCAAAGUAUUCACUUAACUGGACACAAACGUAGUCAUACAGGAGAGAAACCAUAUCGGUGUGACAUCUGUGGUAAAUCAUUCUCUCAUAGUAGUGUCUUAACUAAACACAAACAUAUUCAUAUGGGAGGGAAACAAUACUGUAAUAUCUGUAGUAAAUCAUUCUCUAAACGUAGUGAAUUAACUAGACACAAAUCUAUCCAUAUAGGAGAGAAAAGAAAAAAUUAGUAUUUAUAAUUUCUUGUUUGCUAUUUUUAAUAAUCCCAUGUUUUGUCCAAUGGAAAUUGAUUUCUAAAACUUUUAGAUUUUGUGUUUUGUUUUUGUAAUUUACACCUCUUUUCUUUCUGUGAUGUAAGGACCUCUAUAUCAAACCGGUUCCUGGCAACCCUACACCUUAUUCUUUCUUGAUUAUCACCACCUGUACAGUAUAUUUGCCGUUUAUUAUUUUUUUAAAUGCUUCACUCAUUAAAUAUGUUCUACAAUAA